AUGAUAUCAAGAAACGAGAACGAGCGCGUGCUCAUCGAACCAAGCAUCAAUUCUGUGAGAGUGUCCAUCAAAAUUAAACAGAGCGAUGAAAUAGAGAGUAUCCUGGUGGACAAGUUCACUAGAUUCUUAACCAAAAGAGCAGAGAACUUUUUAAUUCUCAGAAGAACACCCAUCCCAGAUUACGAUAUCUCGUUCCUGCUCACCAAUUACCACAACGAGGUGAUGAUGAAGAACAAAUUGAUUGAUUUCAUCAUCGAAUUUAUGGAAGACGUCGACAAAGAGAUCAGCGAGAUGAAACUGUUCCUCAAUUCCAGAGCAAGAUUUGUCGCCGAAGCCUAUCUGAGCGUGUUCGAUUAA